AUGACAACGCAAGUGAACGCUGAAGCUAACGAACUCCUCUCUCGCGUUGCUGCAUUUCUGCAGCAGCAGCAGCUGCCGAGUGCGCUGCGCAGCAGACUUGCUGCCCAGCAGCAGCAGCAGCAGCAACAGCAGCAGCAGCAGCAGCAGCAGCAGCAGCAAGGCUACGAUGCAUGGAAAGAGGAACAGGAACAGAUACCCCCACCGCUGACCAAUGGUCUCGCUGCAGCUGAAUUCCGCUUCGAGUUUUCUACUGCAUGCAGCCACGAGCUGCUGUCUGUUCAGUCGCUUGGAGGGGCGCAACGGCUGAGGCAGCAGCAGCAAAUGCUGGAGCGUCUGUCUGCGGAAGCAGCAGCACAACUAGCCACAGUGCAGCAGCAGCUUCAGAGCCAGUUGGACCUGCUGCCGGAAGCAGCAGCACAACUAGCCACAGUGCAGCAGCAGCUUCAGAGCCAGUUGGACAAGCAGCAGCACAACUAG